ACCAUCCAUCUUUUCAAAGUGCCCGCCCAUCGGACGCGCUUGACGCGGCUCCUCCAUCAAUUUUGUAUGCUAGUAUUUGCAAGCUAGUUCACCGGUUCAGGCUUCGUUUGUGUGACCAGCUAGAAACGUUAGCUUACAAGCAUGGUGCUAGAUCUGGAUUUGAUCCGCGCUGAUAAAGGCGGUGAUCCCGAACUCGUCAAGGAGACACAGAGGAAAAGGUUCAAAGAUGUGUCGUUGGUGGACAAACUGGUGCUGGCGGAUACAGAAUGGAGAAAAUGUCGUUUUACUGCAGAUAACCUAAAUAAGGCCAAGAACCUGUGCAGCAAGGCCAUUGGAGAAAAAAUGAAGAAAAAGGAGCCAGUUGGUGAUGAUGACGCCCUUCCCGACGAGGCACAGAAUCUAGAGGCCCUCACAGCAGACACACUCUCGCCACUGACGGUGACUCAGAUCAAGAAGCUACGGCUUCUGGUGGAUGAGGCUGUGCAGAGGUCAGACAGCGAGAGACUGAAGUUGGAAGGCGAGCGCUUUGAGUACCAGCGAGAGAUUGGCAACCUUUUGCAUCCAUCUGUGCCUAUCAGCAAUGAUGAGGAUGCAGAUAAUAAGGUUGAGCGCACCUGGGGCGACUGUAGCGUGCAGAAGAAGUAUUCCCAUGUUGACCUGGUUGUCAUGGUAGACGGCUAUGAUGGUGAGAAGGGAGCAGUGGUAGCUGGGAGCAGAGGCUACUUCCUCAAGACACCAUUAGUGUUUUUGGAGCAAGCGCUGAUCAACUACGCACUGCAGAUUCUCUAUAGCAAGAACUACCAGAUCCUUUACACACCCUUCUUCAUGAGGAAAGAAGUCAUGCAAGAGGUUGCCCAGCUCAGCCAGUUUGACGACGAGCUGUAUAAGGUGAUUGGCAAAAGCAGUGAGAGGUCAGAUGACAACGCUGUGGAUGAAAAGUACCUGAUCGCCACCUCUGAACAACCUAUUGCUGCCUUCCUGAGGGACGAGUGGCUGAAACCCGAAGACCUGCCCAUCCGCUAUGCCGGCUUGUCCACCUGCUUCAGACAGGAAGUUGGUUCUCAUGGCCGUGACACACGGGGCAUCUUCAGGGUGCACCAGUUUGAGAAGAUCGAGCAGUUUGUGUAUGCGUCCCCGCAUGAUGGCAAGUCCUGGGAGAUGUUUGAUGAGAUGAUUGGAACAGCAGAGGACUUUUACCAGUCACUCGGAAUCCCCUACCGCAUCGUUAACAUUGUCUCUGGGGCCCUGAACCAUGCUGCCAGUAAGAAACUGGAUCUUGAGGCCUGGUUCCCUGGGUCUGCUGCCUUUAGAGAGCUGGUGUCCUGUUCUAACUGCACAGACUACCAGGCUCGCCGUCUGCGCAUCCGAUAUGGACAGACCAAGAAGAUGAUGGACAAGGCUGAGUUUGUCCACAUGCUCAAUGCCACCAUGUGUGCAACAACUCGGGUAAUUUGCGCCAUCCUGGAAAACUACCAGACAGAAGAGGGAAUUGUAAUUCCAGAGAAGCUCCGUGGGUUCAUGCCUCCAGGACUGAAUGAGAUCAUCAAGUUUGUGAAGCCAGCCCCUAUCGACCAGGAGUCCAAAAAGCAGAAAAAGCAGCAAGAUGGAGGGAAGAAGAAGAAGCAACAGACAGAUGUGGAUCAGGGGCUUCAGAACAAAGUAGAGAGCAUGUCUGUCAAUGACUCAUAGGCCCAGCACUCCGUUCUCUCUGCCGAUCCCGAAACACUUCCUCCCUCUUAGUGGACUCAUUACUCCCUCCAGUGUCCCACUCUUCAUCUUGCCUUCAUGCCAUUAUGUCACUGUACUGCUUGGAGUCCACCAUCAUCUCUUUAUCAACCAAACUAUAUCAGGGCAGAUUAAACUAUAAGGGAAGUUAUAGGAUGCCUUUGGUCUGUCCAGCAAGGGUCCUGCAUCACCAAAAUGGAACUGCAAGGUUAGCACAAAUUAUUAUAAUAUGGUUGUCUGCCAUCACAUAGGUGAAUUGGAUGAAUUGUGCGUAAACAGUGAUUUCACUGUGACAUGGCACAAAAUUCUGUGUAGUGGCUUGGUCUUUAGAAUGAAGAAUCGUUAUUAAUGACAAGCCUUGUGUGAUGCGGUCGUGUUCUUUGGGGAAACUCAACUCUUUCCUUGAUGGCUUUUAAUUGAAAUAUAUACUCUAAAUUACACAGCAGAAACAAGUAAAGGUUGUUCAGGUAUCGUUCUAUCUGCUGAAAUAUUACUGUUUUUUGCUCACCCAAAGACACUGAUCGGCUUGUGCGCAGUAAUGCUUUAUAGGUAGAACUAUACCUGAUCUAUUUCAUACAUGCAUACUGUAGAUACAUUUCAUAACGUUUCUGUGGAAAUCAACAGGAUCCCCCAUCAGUUUGAUCCACUUCCAUCCUCCCCAUCAUCAUUGGGUGUCAUCUCUGCACUCCAUGUGCUUAGAGUACAAGCUCUGUUGUAUGCGGUCACAGCUGUGAUCUUGGAUGAAGUAUUAGUAUGGCACCUGAAAAUAAAUACAUCUAAAAGUUA